UGAAUCCAGACGUCAACAAUUGUUCCAUGCUAUAGAAGAUAUGUUUUCUGGAAGUCCCUUGCUUUCGCAUUUAGUUAUUAAAGACAAAAUUUUUGUAAAUGCAAAGGACAAAUGUGAUCAAGAAAUGCUGAAGAUUAAAAAGAACAUUAUCGAACAAGCCAUUGAACAACCAACAUGGGGUCAGGAACUUCCCAAAUGUUUCAUUCCUCUUGAAGUAGAAUUUGACUCACUUCUAAGUCGCAACAUUCCAUUGAUAACCAUGGACCAUAUGAUGAAGAUAAAUUCUGCUCAGCCCGUUCGACCACUUACAGAUGAAGAAUUGAAAGUAUUUCUUAAAUUUCAGCAUUCUGUUGGACGGAUCUUGUAUUUUGACGAAUCGGGUUUGGAUCAACACAUCAUUAUUUCACCGACACACCUGAUUGAUGCCUUUAAAUCAAUUGUUACUGAUAAAAGAUUUUGCAAAGGCGACAGACUUAGAAAAGUAUCAUGGGAAUUAAUGAGCCAGAAGGGAGUAAUCGCAAAAAAAUCAGUAGAUGAAAUCUGGCAGAAGAAACCAUACAAGUCUUUUCAGAAGCAUAAGGGUUAUUUACUGGGAGUCAUGACACAUCUUGAUAUACUGGUUGAACCAAAGCGAUAUGAUAAGACGCACAAACGUACACCAGCUGAAUUCUACUACGUUGCUAGCAUGGUUAAAACCAUUGAUACAACUGGUUAUCUUAGUUCGAAUAAUUUCAUUCAGAGAAACAUUGCAAUAGCAUUUAGUCCAUCUUCUUCAAUGAUUCCCCCAGCUUUGUCCUUUAGAUUCAUCAGCUACUGCUUGAGCAUGUUAGCAGUGAAAACAUACGGACAGCAAAACGAUGAUAUGUUGUUUCAUAGGUCAGCGGUUUUUAAUAUAGACCAAUCUUUAGAUAUGUGCGUUAAUUGUGAUGAUGAGAUCAUCGUUGUUCGUCUUGUUCACCGAACGAAUAGAAAACUUAUACUGAGAGAUCUAGCAUCUUGUAUAAGGGAAUGUUUAGCUGCUGCACUGGGGAAAAUUAGUCAGCUUUACGUCAAGACAAGCAGUACAGGAUCUGUUAUAAAUGAAGGGUCUUUCAAUCUGAGUUUGUGUUGCAGUUCACCGGAAGAUUCUUGUCUCCUGCCAAUGUCAAAACUUCAAGAAAAAGAUGGUUCAUGGAUAUGUCCAAAACACAGAAUUGAGCAUAGCAAAGAGAUUUUAUCUUCCUGGGCCUUAAAAAAGGCAGAAAUUACAUGUGGAGUAGCAUGCCAAGUGACAGACAAUGAGUUCUUAAAACAGGUUCCAACAGAUAUUCACCUACGUCGAUUGUCAAUGCAGUACAGCAUACACGAAACCAAAGAGUUAGCUAUUCAUCUUGGAAUGAAGUUUAAUAUAUGGGAGAGUUUGUAUGAUACAUUAGGGGAAGAACCAGAAAGAUUGAAUUUUGAAAUACUACAUAGGUGUAUUGAAAGUUCGUCCAUUACAUUUGAUGACAUCAGAAAAGCUGUUGAAAGUGGCAACAUACAGAACCCCCACACUCUUUGCAAAGUUUUGAGGGACCAGCCAAUUGACUUCGACCAGGAACCAGAAAAAUGGGACUUUGAACCUUCAGAAGAACACUUUGACAGACUCGCUCCUUUAGUAGGAAACAACUCGCUGCCGUUUCUCAUUGAGCUUGGUAUGGAAUUUAAAUCCUGGGAGCAGAUUAAAUUCAGACAAAAGGAAAGAGAUUUGGUGAACUUAACCGAGACAUAAUGCAAGAGUGGAAGUCUACAUUUUGUAAUGUUCAUACUAUCAGACCAACUUUGAGACACAUUGGUCAGGCAUUCAACAGCAUUGGUAAAAAUAUAAAAAUCAUUGAAAAUGUU